AUUCCUCCGUCACAUAAUAUAAGAUCGUUUUCGAAGCUAACUAGGGAGUACUAGUUUGGUACUAGCCAUGACAUGUGCAGCAGUCCCUUUGACGUUGAGAGAUCAUGGGGUAGUACGUACUAGGACACUGUUAAUGUCAUGGAAAUUCCCUUGCUCGUUCGCUGGCUGCCUCUAAUCAAUAAACACCGGACCGGACCGUCGUCUUCCGCCGGCCGGCCGCUCGUGCUCAUAAAUUGCCGCCGGCAGCUUUCCUUCCCGCCCCCCUUUAUAGUACGCUACGCGUACUCUCCUAGGUAGACGACGACGGUUGACGGUCGUGAGAUUUUCUCCUAGCUACCCACCUACCCUACGCAUUCGCCCUCUUCUUGCCGUGCGAGUGCUAGCCUCCGGCCAUGCGGAAGGACUUCUCCUGCUUCCGCGACGGCGCGGUCACCACCCUCGCCGUCGCCGAGCCGGGCUCCUCCGCCGACCGCCUCGACCGCUCGCUCCAGGCCGCCACCGCCUGCGUCUACCGGCUCGCGCUCGCCUCGCGCAAGGACCUGCUCGUCACCGUCACCUGGACCCGCCGCUCCGUGGUCACCAGCACCCCCGUCGCCGACGCCGCUGCCGCCGGGGCCACCGGGCUCUCCGUCGCCGUCGAGGAAGUCCAGGCCGAGGCCUCCAGCAACUCGAAGCCGACGCUCCCCCCGUCGUCCGCAACCCCGCGGAGGUCGGCGGUGAAGCCCGCGGCCACGGCUACCGCGCAGCAGCGGGUCGUGCACCUGAUGCACAAGAGGCGCGGGAGCCGGGCCUUCGUCACGGAGGGCGGCACGGCGGUGGCCGUCCACUGGGACACGUCGGAGGCCAAGUACGCGGCGGCCUCGCCGGAGCCCUGCGGCGGGGAGUACCACCUCGCCGUGGUGGCCGACGCGGAGCUCGCGCUGCUCCUCGGCCGCGGGGCCGCGCGGGAGGAGCUGUCCCGCCGCUUCGGCGCCGCGUCGCCGCGCCCCUUCGCGGCCCUGGUGAGCCGGCGCGAGCAGCUCCGCGCGCCGUCGUCCGCGGAGGCGGCGUCGGUGGCGCACAGCACGCGGUGCCGGUUCCGGGACGGCGGGGCGGAGCACGAGGUGACGGUGCGCUGCCGCGGCGACCGGCGGAGGACGUCCUCCUCGUCGGGCGAGCACGUGGACGGGGAGGUGGCGGUGAGCGUGGACGGGAAGAGCAUCGUGGAGGCGCGGCGCGUGGGGUGGAACUUCCGCGGCAACCGCACGGCCGUGCUGGGCGACGGCGCCGUGGUGGAGGUGAUGUGGGACGUGCACGACUGGUGGUUCGCCGGGGGGCUCGGCGCGGCGCAGUUCAUGGUGAAGGCGCGCGGACCCGGGCCGGCGGACGGCGGGCGGGUGUGGAUGGACGAGGAGCUGGCCAGCCAGGGCCAGCCCCCCGCCGGCUUCUUCCUCCACAUGCAGUGCUACCGCCGAUCGACAAGGAGAUCAGCAUCGGCAUCAUCCGACAUGUGCCGCUAAGCAGCUUCCAAAUGGCGUAGAUUCCAGUAGUGUGUUUGGGCGGCCGAUCGUGGUUGACUGCCGGCCUACUCCUACGUCGAUCGGCCGCCAUUACUGCGGGGAGCAGGCAGCGCGGCUCACGAGGCUGGCGGUCGCACGCUCACGGAGGCGUUGCGUUUGGCAGGGAGCGCUUUACGCCACUGAUCUACUCUGCCCGCCUCGAUCGGCCGGCCGCCAUUAAUGAACGGAGCAGCCAGCUCCAUCGGAGACGGCGUGCAUGCAUGCACCUACCGGUGGAUGCCGGGCCGCUCCGGCCGGGGCGGGUCGCGGUCGGCAGCUCGGGGCAUUUAAGGCGGCCACGGGCGCAGCUACGCUACGCUACAGGUCGACGACGGCAGCCGCGCGCAGCAGACCAGACGGCGUCCGGUCCGGUCCGGUCAGGUCAGUCAAGGGUUUGACCGCCACGUCGGGUUCUGUGUUUGGGCCCCACCGGUCAUUGACCCAGAACCCGCAACCGAUCAAACCCUUCAUACUGGUCCGAAUGUUCGGGUUGUUUGCCACGCCUCAAACCCAGCCCAUAUAUCUGUCACCACGACGAUGACGCCCCUUCAGCCGUCGACGCCUAUGUCGAGGAGUACUAUUGCUGCUCCGAAGAC